AAUAGUGAUUGUGAUAUUGUUAAAUUGUUAUUGUUAGUUGUUAAAUGUAAUUGAACGUAGUCGGUGCAUUCAGCGUGAACCUAAAAACGUUAUCUUUUAAAUAAAUAUAAAAUAAUUAAAUCAGGGUACUAUUAUGGCCUCUCCGCAGGCAUUUUUGGUACUUUGUUGCAUUUUCGCUUUAGGUACUUCAGAAUUGAUCCGGGUGCCAUUGACUAAAGACAAAUCUGCAAGGAACACUUUAAGAGAGGUCGGCACCCAUAUUCAGCAAGUCAGGCUGAGAUAUACUAGUUCGGACCCAAUUCCUGAACCUCUAUCUAACUACUUAGAUGCACAAUACUAUGGCGCAAUAGCCAUUGGCACUCCUCCACAGAAAUUUACUGUUGUCUUUGAUACGGGAUCUUCGAAUUUAUGGAUACCUUCCAAACAGUGUCAUUACACAAAUAUUGCUUGCUUACUUCACAACAAAUACGACUCAACUAAAUCAUCUACUUAUAAAAAGAACGGCACCGAAUUCGCUAUUACGUAUGGAUCCGGUAGUCUUUCGGGAUUCCUCUCGACAGACACUGUUGCUGUUGGUUCUGCCAUAGUCAAGGACCAAACCUUCGGUGAGGCUUUGAGUGAACCCGGUUUGGCAUUUGUGGCUGCCAAAUUUGACGGUAUCCUCGGAAUGGCUUAUUCUCGCAUUUCCGUCGAUGGAGUGGUGCCCGUUUUUUAUAACAUGGUCGAUCAGAAAAUUAUAAAUCAGCCUGUUUUUAGUUUUUAUCUUAACAGAAAUCCUGAUGGUAAGGCAGGUGGUGAACUAAUUCUGGGAGGGUCCGACCCUAAUUACUACACGGGCGAUUUUACAUAUUUACCGGUAGAUCGUGAAGCUUACUGGCAGUUUAAGAUGGACGGCGUUAAAAUCGGAGGAAAGUCCUUCUGUAAAGGUGGUUGUGAGGCAAUAGCUGAUACAGGUACUAGUUUAAUUGCCGGCCCAAUGGCGGAUAUUAAAGGGAUAAAUGAGGCGAUCGGAGCGACACCGAUCAUUGGUGGAGAGUACACAGUAGAUUGCACCUUGAUCCCUAAACUACCCACUAUCGAUUUCGUUCUCGGAGGGAAAACCUUUACUUUGGAAGGAAAGGAUUACGUUUUAAGGGUGAGUCAAAUGGGUAAAACGAUCUGCCUCUCUGGAUUUAUGGGGAUCGACAUCCCGCCACCAAACGGUCCACUGUGGAUCUUGGGGGACGUUUUCAUCGGCAAAUAUUACACCGAAUUCGACGCAGGGAAUAACCGGGUCGGUUUUGCUCUUACUAAGCAAAAUUAGUCACUAAUUAUAGUUAAGUGCUUGCCUUCUUAAUUAAUUAAUCAAACUUCUAGUUUAAGGGCAAUCGUGCUGUCAAGACUAUUAGUUCGAAUAUAAUCGCUUAGAGUGUAGUUAUAUAAAUAAAUAUUUUAUCAUUUAUUUAACCUAACUUAAUGUUUGUGAUAAAUAAUUUACGAGUAUCGAAAUAAAGCCAUUAAACAAU